CGGUGCACAGGACAGAGAGACUGCAAGAAGAAAGAGAAACUUCUCUUUGUUUUGCAGUUCUUCCUUUGCUCAGACCUUCCAGGCAGCCUCUCCUCGCCGAGCCGGACUCCCACAAAACUACCUCGCAGAAAUGAACGCAGCAGCAGCAGCACCUGGAGGCUCCAAGGCCGCCCCCCCCAAGUUCAAGCAGAAGGAGACCAGGCAGUUCAAGAGCAAGGCUCCCAAAGCUGGACAGAAGGGAUUCGAUGAUGUCCCUGGGAUGGACGGCCUUGGAGAUGCCGCGGUCAUCUGCCCCUGGGAGGCGUUUGGCGACAUGGAGCUGAGCGACCUGGCCCAGUUUGGCAUCGUCUAGACCUCGUGCCAAACGGACACAGUUGAUUCCUGGCGGCUGCAAUCCAGCAGCUUUUUUUUUUUUUUGCUCUCCUCCCGUCUUCGGGUGCAGAGACGAGUCUGGAUGGGUUCCAUUUAAGGACGACCGAUGAACGGAGAGGGAUUUAUUCCUCUCCCUUCGAUAAGUGGAGGACGAAGCUCUUGGACAGCAGCCCCCAAGAAUGACUCUUCCUCUGUCCUGGGCCAGUAUACCUCACCACCUGGAAGCAAUAGCAUCUCUCUGACCUUUUUAUUAUCUUUAUUUACACCUGAUGAGAUCACAGGAAGUCCCUGUUGUGGCCUUGUUGUUCUGUGUAGCCCAGCAUGUGUGUAAAAGUGUAACGCACUGUACCGCUGCUUGGGUUUAAUUAAAGGGAUGAUCAGUAAACAACUGGGGAUCUUUCACUUAAAGUGGGUAGAUCACCUCCACCUGUAAAUAUGUUAUUGUGAAUCUAUCUAUCUAUCUAUCUAUCUAUCUAUCUAUCUAUCUAUCUAUCUAUCUAUCACAUCGAGUAGAGGUGUGUACUCUGUGGUUAUACGUGAUAAUAAAGUACAUUUUA